AAACCCUUGAUCAGAACAUGAGAACAUCUAUUUAAUAAAACUCAGUCACAAAUGUAUCAUUGGUAAAGCAUUAGGACUCACCUAUAUAUGCUCUACUCCAAGAGCCUCCAGUCAUCUACUCUUUCAGACAAAAAAAUACAAGUACAAUUUCAGUUAAAGACAACACAAAUAUAUUACAUGCAAAUGCACAUCUGUGAAUGUUCAAGAAGCUGCACAAAAUCACACAAUGCAACUAAGCUCACCAAAAGACUUGCUAAUGAUUUAUGAAACUGUUAUUUUACUUCCUCCAAACAGCCAAAGAAGUGUGUCUGGACAAUUUCUCUCAGGGAAAAUGACACAAAGAUGUUAUUAUCAUUGCUACCUUUGCCAAAUGUGAUUCACAGCACAUUAAAGUCAAGACUGAACCUGGUUUAUUACAUAUUUCUGUACACAGCUACAUGACCGUGUUUCAACUGACAUUUAGUGAGGGCACAAUAAUAGUCAUAAAUGGGAUGUGGGGAGUUUACAAGAUUGUAAAGCAGGAUAGAGUAAAUCCAACAGACGACUUUUUGGCCUCUUGCAUGUUAAACUGCCCUAAAAAUAGCAAUAAAUAGUCAGUGAUUUAUACGUUUAUAGCACUUGACCUAUUAUUCUGACUCAAGUUACAUAAGAACGCAAUACACAAUAACACUCCCCCUAUGCUACAACCCCUCUAAUAUGAAACAAAUGUGAUUUUGUUUGCACUUUCCUGGUGUCUUAGUAGUCCCAUGUUAGACAGAUUCUUUUGACUUUCAUCCCCAACAAAUCAGAGAUAAUCCAGCAGUUGUAGUGCUUUUUGUUUUUUAAAAAGAAGGUAUUUAUUUGUCUUUUGUGAAAUAUUAAUAGGUCAGAAAGAGAUGACAGACUUGAUUGCAAGGGCCUCUUUACAAUCCUUUCAAAAAUGUAGGGCAAGCGAGGUAACACUGCUAACUUGAUUUUCAUUCUGCCACAAAAAAAAAAAGAAAAAGGAUGAUGUGAUUUAAGACUUUAACCCAAAAAGAAAUCUUUGACACCAUAUCGACAUAUUUAAUGCUAAAGGCUCAGAAAAGGGCUCUUCUUUGAUGGUUUGUGCUUUUUCUUUUUUGGUGUGUUUAUGUUUUGAACUUUUUCGUAAAAAUUACUGAUGAAAAAGAUACUUAAGCAGGAAUAAAUGCAAACAAAACAUUAGAUGCUAUGUUUCUUAGUGUAGGACUUUUUCUUUACUAAAUAACUGUAUUCAAAUAAAUGAUUGUAUUUUUCAAAAUUUAUAAAUGUAGGGGUUGUCAUCCAUCUUUACCAUGAUGGGUGCUUGGGGCAAGUGGGUAUAUAUGCUUAUAUGCAGGUCUCAUAGAAAUAACAAUAAAAGACCAUUAGGUAACGAACUAUUCAAACAUUUAUUGCAAUAUUGUAAGUUUAGAGGUAAAAUUGCUACUUGAUUUAGCUGGUUUCCUCCUAACAUUCUUUAUGAUAGCUUUGCAAACUAGCUCCAGUUUUGCACAUCUAGAGACUAUUUGUCUUUGCAAAGUAGCUCAAGUUCAAUCAGAUUGGAAGGAGAACAUUUGUGUAUAGUAAUUUUCUAAUCUUGUCCCAGAUUCCAAAUGUUGGUCUGGAGUUUGACUGGGAUACUCCAACACAUGGAUGUGCUUUAAUAUAAACCCUUCCUGUUUAAAACUACUUCACUAUAUCCCUGACCUGACUGCUGUGUUCUUAAGUCUUCGUGAUGUUAUUUGUUAACUAAUGUUUUCUGAAAAACAUUCGUGGUCCUCUCAAAACAUUUAUAUUGAGAACAAAUACACACAGGGGAACUUUGUUCAUUAAUAGGGUGGCUUCUUUACGCAGUUACACUGGAUUUCAUCUAUCAGCGUACCGUUUUUAUUCAUGGCCUUUUGACCUUUCACUGAAGUACACUACUGUUUAAAGUAAAGUGACGAGUAUAACAGACACUUUUGGGGCCCUCUCCCUUUACUGCUCUCCGUUCAUAAAAUGUAUCUCAGGAUUAUUAUAGUUAAUUGCCAUAAUCAGACCGCUCCAUCUUCCAGAACAAGCCGGGCAAUCUUUAUGAAAACAUGGCAUACAUCCACUGCGAACUGAGUCACAUCCAGGGCAGACUGCAGCCUGCAGACUGAGCAGGGCUGAAACGUGAUGGAGUAAUCACAGGAGCGGCACAAAAUAGGGGAUAAUGUCUGGUGGGUGGGGAGAGAAGAGAAGGAGAGAGAGAGGCUGAGGUAAAGAGGUUGCUGUGUGGAGGAGCUGGGGUAGUGGCCUAGAUGUGUGAAACGCCGGGGUUUGCUUUUUUGUUCACUGCUUGACUUCCAGGGGUAACUCUGAAUGAAAUAGGGAAGUUAUAAGCCAUAAAACUAAGAAAGGUUGUGCAAACACGAGUUUAAUCAUUUAAAACGUAAUGGGACAAGCAUCAGUGACCAGUGUGUGCACAGAUGAACAUGGAACAUGUGAAUGAAACACUCACACUGAAAGUAAAUCUAUUAUAUCCCUGGACAAGCAUCCUCACAAGCUUCAGUGAUAAAGAUGUCCUUAGAGGCAGAGAGCGACAGAGGUUCAUCAGGAGGCGCUCGAAAAAAACAUCCCCGGGCAGCGUUGGAGCGUGGCUGCUACGUGAAGACAUGUGUCACUCCGCUGCACCGGGACGAGCGAAGCCAGUCGUGGCCGAGACUCACCGCGACAUGGUCUUGCAGAAGAGUGUCCUCUGCUGUCUGCGUCGCCUCCAUCUCCGCUCUCCUCGCUCUGCUGCUCAGAUUGGUCGAGUGGGAUGCAGGCAGCAGCGGAAAUAGUAGCUGCGUCGGCUCUCGUUUCCACUCAGCGGCGGGCUACGCGGUGGAGCUGCUUUUCACUGCGUGUCACUGCGUCUCGCCUGUUUUUACACUUGUAUGUGCCUUCUUCUGGCUCUGGCUCUGCUUGAUUCGCUGCGGGCUGCUGAUCCGGAGUGCGCUCUUCUUGUUAGCGGUGUGCCACCUGGGCGAAGCCGCGGCGCAAUCGCUGCUGAGCGGCGCGGAGGAGUUGUCCCUGACCGCAACCCUGGUAGUCCUCGGCUGCUUGGGCGGCGGGGCUUUGCUGGUCGUCCGGUCGGGACAGGGAGUGUCCAUCCUCGUCUUCAUUAGCGUCAUCAGGGCCGUGUCCCUUCUCACUCUGAGCAGGGUCCGGGCCAGUUGGAGACCCUACCUGGCCUACCUGCUGGGACUGUUGGGGGUUUUGCUUGCGAGUUAUGCUGACCGGCUUUUGCCGGCCUCAGGGACCAGCGGGACGGGGUGCUGUGGCUCUGUGACCGGGGCGAAGGAGGAGGACAUCCCUGUCUUCAAAAGGAGACGGAGGUCCAGCUCCACAGCGGCCUCGGAGAUGAUGGCUCACAGUCAGAGCAACAGCAAGUCCCACCGCAGGACUUCGCUGCCCUGCAUUCCGCGGGACCAGUCUUCAGGCACCAGCGUGGUGGUGGACAUCGCGGUGAUGGGAGAGGCUCAUGGUUUAAUCUCAGACCUGCUGGCAGAUCCUUCCCUGCCCCCGAACACCUGUAGCUCUCUGAAAGCUGUCAGCAGCCUCCUCAGCACCCAGAUCAACGUCCAGCCGCUCCAUCGACCCCGCAUCCCCACAGAGCAGAAUGCCUGCUCCGACUCAGAGGAUGGGCCAGAAAAAGCAGAGAGAUUGGCCAUCCCAAAGCGUCUUAGAAGGAGUCUGCCCCCAGGAUUGCUGAGAAGAAUUUCAUCAACCUGGACUACGACCACGUCAGCUACAGGGCUGCCCACCAUCGAGCCGGGCCCUGUACGGAGAGAUCGCUCAGCCAGCAUCAAACACACUGUGGACAGCAGUGAUUCGUGGAACAACCCGCUGAUGAUAACCAUCUCAAAGAGCCGCUCCAUGUCAGCGUCCUACACUGCCUCUGGCACUUCCAACCACCUCUACAGCAAACCACUGGGAAGACCAGGUUUCCCUCCCUCCAGCGUAUCACCUCUAGGCUCUCCAUGUUCGUCUCCUCCUGUCCAGGGAACUCCCGUCUCCAGCCCAACAAUAAAGACGUGUUCGGUGCAGCUUCCUGAGCUAGCCAGGCCACUGACAGAGCAAGUUCCUGUGUCUGCUGCCCCCAAGAGCCAUCACAAAGCCUUAACACACAGCCAGAGCGCACCAAGCUCCACCACCAUACACUGGCGGCCUCCAUCACUCUGCGGCAGCUGCGGCAGGCCGUUCAACAAUCGACUAAACAAUGGAGUAGGAUCAGGCAGCAAAACAGACAGAAUACCCCAUCCAGAUGAGCGCGUUGUAGCUUCCUCAGACUACGACAGCACCUAUGAUAGCACUUAUGAGACCAACCACAGUGACAGCAGCGACUUUGCACAAAACGACGACGAGGGAGAGGGAGGCAAGAAGCCACCGGAAGUGAGGGAUGGCUGUAGGGAAUGUCCGACAGAGGGUAUUGUUCUUCACCCACUCCUGCCAUCCUCAGAGAGCAAGUCAGUGUCUGCCCCGGAGAGUCCGGUCAUGCCGGGUCUGGAACCCCUGAUGAGUCAGCUCAACAACUGGAACUUUCCCAUUUUCAGCCUUGUGGAGAAGACUCAUGGCAAAUCAGGCUGCAUCCUCAGCCAGGUUUCCUAUCGACUUUUUGAGGACACUGGUCUGUUUGAGACCUUCAGGAUUCCCCCUAAAGAGUUUAUGAACUACUUCCAUGCCUUGGAAAACGGAUACAGGGAUAUACCUUAUCACAACCGAAUCCAUGCGACUGACGUGCUGCAUGCCGUUUGGUACCUCACCACACAGCCUGUGCCGGGCCUGCCCUCCCUGCCCACUGAGAACGGGAUACACAAUGACUCAGUGAACAGCAUUACACCUGGAACGUCAGGAUUCCUGGUAUCCAAGAUGGGCUCUGAGAUAGAAGAUGGCUACGGCUCCCUGUCUGGCCUAAUUCCUGCUCUGGAGCUCAUGGCCCUCUAUGUAGCUGCUGCCAUGCAUGACUACGACCAUCCUGGGAGAACAAAUGCCUUUCUGGUAGCCACAAGUGCACCACAGGCUCUUCUGUACAACGACAGGUCGGUGCUAGAAAACCAUCACGCGGCAGCAGCUUGGAACCUCUUUAUGUCUCGACCCGAGUUCAACUUCCUGGCUAAUCUUGAACACGUGGAGUUCAAGCGGUUCCGCUUUCUCGUCAUUGAAGCAAUCCUGGCCACCGACCUCAAAAAGCACUUUGACUUCCUCGCAGAAUUUAAUGCAAAGGUUGGUGAUGAAGGAGUGUCUGGCAUUGACUGGACCAAUGACAACGACCGAUUGCUGGUGUGCCAGAUGUGCAUCAAGCUGGCUGAUGUCAAUGGACCUCUGAAGAAUAAGGAGCUACAUCUGCAAUGGACAGAAGGGAUUGUGAAUGAGUUCUAUGAACAAGGUGAUGAAGAGGCAACUUUAGGCCUUCCUAUCAGCCCAUUUAUGGACCGGUCUGCCCCCCAGCUCGCCAAACUGCAGCAAUCCUUCAUCUCUCACAUAGUGGGACCACUGUGUACCUCCUACGACUCUGCUGCUCUUAUGCCGGGGCGCUGGGUGGACCCAUCUGAAGAGGCGGUUGAGCUGGUUGCGGACAAGGAAGGACAAGAUACAGAAGAGGAGGACACAGCGGAUGAGGAGGCCUCAACAGGUUCCGAUGCCUCCCAGCAACAGGAAACCAAAAAGCUGAAAAGACGGAAGGUUUUUUGUCAGAUCACACAGCAUCUUCUGGAAAAUCAUGAAAUGUGGAAACGUGUAAUUGCAACUGAAACCUCAGAGACCCAAGGAGAAAAGGCAAACUGCUUAGGGAACCCUGUAGAUUCAAUCACAGCAAUCCACGAGGAAGAGGAGGAGCCAGUAAGCAAAGAGGACGAGUCAGCCGAUGACCUGAAUGAAGGUGAAGAGGCAACGGCAGCGGAGGAAGAGGAAGUCCUUCCACAAUCAGAGACCUCAGGAGAAAAAGAGGAAGUUCCAGAAUGAGAUUAUGAACUUGAACCUCCUCUUAAACCAGGAAUCUUGACCAUUCUUUGAAACGUUUGUUUCUUUCCUAACCAAACUCUUUGUAUUGUAGCCAGCACAUCACUUUGACACAACACUGUAGAAGAUGUUUUUGGGUAAAAUGUGCCUAACAAAAACAGGGUAGAGGACUGGGAUGACGCAUGAUGACCAGUAUAUCUGAUUAGGAGAUGUUCAAAAGAAGAAGAAAAAGAAGAAACAGAGUGGUAAUUACAAAUAACGGACUACGUUUGUUUUUUACUUUAGCAGCUGUUUUACUCUGGAUCUGGAGCCCUGUCCUCACCCAGGCUGUCCCUCGUGCACUAAUGGGCCAACAAACGCUCUUCCUGCAUCUCUCAUUUUAUCAACACUCCAUGUAACCAACCCAGCUGGCUGAAGGUGUGCAGCAAGCGCCUUCUUCAGGAUAAUGGGAUGAAAGUGAGGGAAAAAGCUGUCUACAGUCAUGUGGAUUAAAGGAGACUGAAGAAAGAGCCAAUGGUAUUGUAUAAAAAAACAGAGGACCACACAAGUUUCACACAGUCACACUCACAUUUAACGCUCGAAACAGAGAAGAUAUUUGACAAAGAACCGUGUUGCUCCAAAAGCUUUAUUCUUGGAAAAUCUUGCUAAACGAAGUUUCGUCCGUGUCCAAUUUUAGCAUUCAUUUUAUCCCUGUUUUUUUUUGCUUUUGGUCAUUCAGUCCACACAGACACCAACGUGUUUUCAGGCUGAACAACUCAGGAAGGCAGAUUUAGAAUCACAAAAGGACUUCCAACGUCCUUGUCCUUGUAUUUCUCUCUGCUUCUUCUUUUAUUUGUUUGCUUUUAUGUCCUCUAAAUAUCUGGGCGAGAUUUGUACAACAUGGCAGGAAACUUCAAUGUUAGCAGUUUAGUGAAAUCUCUGAGAAUGUAAAGUAAUCUGCUGUAGUGGACCAGGCUAGUGCUGAGUCACAGCAAAUCACCUGUCGGCAUCCAGGGGGCGCCGUGCAGCAACAGGAAACUGUUUAUAUGUCACAUUUAGGACAAGGGUAAUCAAGCCUUUUUUAUAAUAAAGAGGUAAGGGGAAUUUAAGUAGCAUGUGUAUGUAGCCAGUUCCUAAUAGUAGCAUGGAGAAAAAAGCAGAAUAAGAGGUGUAAGCACUUUAAAUAACACAGAGACUCACAUUUUUAUUCGAGGUUGACACUGAUCCUGUAGGUGAAGGUUCCUCAGCUUAAACCUUACACUCUAAAAACUGCUGGGUUAUAAACAUCCUAUUUACCAUUAUUUUGCUAUUAGUCUUAAUGGUCUUAAGUUGAUUUUACACAACACGGUUGAGCAAUUAAUUUUAUACAGCAUACAGGGUUAGGUUUUAACCCCCAAAGAAUGGCUAAAAUUAAUUGUUAAAAACCGAUGAAAUAUUACUAAACAAGUAAUAUUUGGAUAAAAUGUAUUAUUUAUAUUGAUACCUCCAGUUUCUGUAAACAUUUGAUCUUUGCAGGGUUGCAGGGGGUGUGUGGCCUAUCUGUAGCAGUCAGCAGGGCAUCUUCUGGACAGGUCACCAGUAGCUCCAGGUCAAAUUGCCUCUUCGGCAAGUAGAACCCCCAUGCAUUACUUGCAUUUUAGAACCAUUUAUUAAAACCAUUUUUCUUACUUUUUAAUUCAGUUAAUUAAUGCCAUAAAUACUAGAAACAUUUGCCCACUAAACAUAACACUAAUAGUCACAAACCAAGUAAUAAGACGUUUAUUAACGGUUGAAUUUGUGGCUUAAAGUUUAUUCUCAGAAUAUAACACUGUAUAAAGUAUCGCUUUGGUCAAAACAUGAACGUUGAGGUUGCAUUACCUGGAAAAAGUAGCUAUCAGGUACUGAGCAUGUAAAAGCCAAAUGUUAUAUUAAGUGAACAAACUUGUUUUCUAGUGUGAACAAAAGUCAUCAGAAAACCCAAUAACGUUAACAUUAUUAUACAGCAUAAUUUUACCCUUUUAUUUUAUCCUGUGACCAAAAUAGAGGUAAUUUAAAGAAUGAUGUUUCUGUCCCAACACUAUGAACUCCACAUUUGAUUGUAACUAUAACACAACAUAUAUCCUGACAGGUGGUGUUCAUGCUCUCCUUUGGUGCCUUCAGAGAUUCUGAUUGGUGGUGAUGGAGGAAAGCGUGAACAUGAAGAACUGCCCCAAGUAAUGAGGCUUAGCAAGGAAACAGAGGAGACAUGAGAGAAGGGAGAGGAGCCUUUUAGCAUCACAUGUAGCUUUCCACGAAUGGUCAGCAGGGUCUUGAUAGCUUUCAUAUUUUAGCAGAUUCUUCCUAAUGCAGCUCUUUGAAGAGGAGCCAGUUUGGAUUCAAAUCAAAACCAUGUGAUGAUAUGUGUUUCCCAGUCAUUAUGCAGACAUGCAUUGCAGCAUAUUUAAACUGACAUUGGCAAAGCAACAGGGGGGGAUUGAGGCUACUUAUUGUCUUUACUCACAUCAGCAACAGGUAGCUUCAUUUUCACAGCUGAAAGACUUCACUGGCACUGUGUGAGAGUUGUUGCUAUCUCUAAUACACGCAACGCAGAUAUACACUCAUCAGACACUUAAUGAGGUACUUCUGAUUAAUUGCUUGAUAAGGCUUAUGAUAAAUCAGGCAAUUACAUUUAGGCAUCAAACACUGUGAAGACUUGCUGAUGUUCAAACUGGGCAUGAGAAUGGUGAUGAAAGGGAAUUAAGGGACUUUGAAUGGGACAUGGUUGAGUAUUUAAGAAACUGCUGAUCUACUGGCAUUUUUAGAGACAAGCAUCCAUCAAGUUUACAGAGAAUGGUCUGAAAAAGAGAAACUAUCCAGGGGGUGGUAGUUGUGUGAGUGACAAGGCUUUGUUGAUGUCAAAGGUCAGAGGAAAAUGGGCAAACUGAUUUGAGAUGAUUGAAAGACAACAGUAUCUCAAACAAUCAAUCAUUAUAACCAAGGUAUGUGGAAAACCAUCUCUGAAUGCACAUCAUGCUGAACCUUAUAGUGGACAGGCGACAGUAGCAGAACACCACACAUGGUGCCACUCCUAUAAGUUAAAAACAGAAAACUGAGGCUUAACACAGGCUCACUAAAAGUUAACAAUAACAGACUGGAAAAAUGUUGCCUGGUCUGACGGGUCUCACUCUCAGCAGAUAUAUUCAGAUGGAAGGGUCAGAUUUUGGCAUAAACAACCUCAAGGCAUAGAUCCAUCCUGCCUUGGAUCAGCGGUUCAGGCUGCUGGUAGACUAAUGUUGUGAGGGAAAAUACCACAGCAUACCCAUCUUCUAAAGGCUACUUCCAGCAGGAUAAUCAACCAUGUCCCAAAACUCAAAUCAUCUCAAAUUGGUUUCUUGAAAUAACAUUAAGUUCACUGUACUCCAGAGGCCUCUCCAUUCACCAGAUUUUUAUCCACCAGAACGCCUUUGAAUGCGGUGGACUGGGACAUUAGCAUCAUGGAUGAGCAGCAACUUUGUUUAAUCUAUGUCACAUUUAAGGCAGUUUUAUAGGCAAAAGGGGGUUCAACCCAGUACUAAUAUGGUGUACCUAAUAAAGUAGCCUUUGAGUUUAAGAGCAAUGGUGCUAGCUGUGUAAAACAAUCAAACAGCAGGGCGUUUUCGACUGUAUGAUAAGCUGAGGAGCAAGAUGACAGGUAAUAACCGUGAGUAUUGAUGGUUGGAGCCCCUAAAGCUCUAAUGUAGCAUGUGAGUUGCAGGGUAAUUAUUGAUCAGUAAUAACUACCUGACAUACACUAUAUAUGCCCUUUAAGCAACUAGGCUAACAUUUUUCAAAUACACUGGAUGAAAAGAGAGACUUAUGCAGUUUGUUAAACAAGCAUGUUUGCUUUGACACAUUUUCUUCAAUCAAUUACUGUUUUCUAAUACUGUUGUAAUGCUGUAUAAAUAUUUAGCUGUAUUAACUGCACUGUUGUCAAAAUGCCCAUUGUUGCACAGGAGGGCUAAACAGUGCAACAUAAUACCCUUGACUGCUCCUUGGCUUUGCUCACUAAUGGAUUGCAUUACUUCAGUUUGUUUGUUAUGCUAUAAAUUAGGAAGCCAGAGUUAAUCAAACCGUCUGCUUAUUGUUCUCGUUUACAUUUAAGUCGAAAGGCUUAGAUGUGGAUUGUUUUUAUAGAAGCCAGUUAGACGUUCAAAGAAGGAACUGCUUUUGAGACCACAUAAACAUGUUAAGCUGACAGGAAAUCCAGGUCAAAAGAGAUAAUUGGCAAAGUUAAAAAUAAAAUUAUAAAUAAAAUGUAAAUCUUUUUUAAUAUCUUAAUAAAAACAACCAUCUGGAUCUGGAAUACCUUCCUGAACUAAUGCUUCAGGGGUUUGACUUUGCAUUGCCUUGAAAUGCAGAUGAAGAUUCCCUCAAACAUAAAUGAUGUCUGCAGCUGUGGCUCCUUACAGAGAGGAACCGUUUGAACUUGAUUUCUGUCUGGUAAAACAAAUUCUGCCUCUGUUUGGAGCUCUGCUUGUACAAGUUCUCAGAAAAUUAAAUGUGUGAAUCAGUGUUUUGAAGCAGCAAUAGAAGAGAAGAGGCAAUUUUGACUGGACUUGUACUUACUAAUUCAACUACAAAGGGCCGUGAAAAAGAAUUUGUCCUCUUACACAUUUAUUCUGCUUUUUGUCACAAAUGUUUUAGAUCAUCAUUUUCAGAUAGAGAUAAGCAGUGUAAAUACAAAAUGCUAUUUUCAACUGAUGAUUUGAUUAAUGAUGAUAAGUCAAACCAACCUGGUCCUGUGUGAAAAAGAAAUUGCCCCUAAACCCACCGAAUACUUGUGCCACCAUGGCAACAAUUGCCUUUAAAAGUUUGCAAAAACUUCAUAUUCAGCCACAUUUGACAGUUUUCAAGCAUAAAAGGCAUGUUUAAAGGUCAUGCAGCAGCAUUUCACUUGGGUUUAAGUCCAGAGUUUUACUUGACCACUCCAAAAUCUUCUUUUAUUUUUCUUUUAGGCAUUCAGAGGUGGACUUGUGGUGUGCUUCAAACAAUCGUACUGCUAGAUUACCCAAGUUUGCUUAACCAUAAGGUCAAGAUCCAAUGCCCAAAGAUUCACUUGAAAUAUUUUUGGAUAGAAAGCAAGAUUCAUAGUUUAAUAAAUUAGUCAUCCUGAUCCUGAAGGAGCAAAACCACCCCAGACCAUCAUACUAACACCAGAAUAUUCCACUUUUGGUCAUCUUCUUGGAGUAACUUCUGUAGGCCAACCACAAUGUUUUCUUAAUUUGUAGAUAAGGCCCUGAAGUCCCAAAGUCUUGUCUUUGUAACCCUUUCCAAACUGAUAGCCAACAAAGCAUAAUAUGUGACUUUUUGAGAUUUUUUAGCCUACUUCAUGUUUUAAGACACGUUCUAUUUAAGGAAUUUCUUGAUUUUGCAGGUCUAACAGUAAUCAUGACUUGGAGUAGCUAGUAAGAUUGAGCCAAAAAAACAAGAUUAAUCAAAGUUAAUUCAGUUUAACCAGGGAUAUUAGGAUUUUUUCUGAUAGGGCCAGGUUGGUUUGCAAAUCUUUUUUCCCCAAUGAGUGAAAUCAUAUUUUGAAAACUGCUUUUUGCUUUUACUCAUCUUAUCUUUGUCUAACAUAAAAAAUAGUUUAAAGUUCUAACACCUAAGUGUAAAAGAAAGCAAAAACAGAAUAAAUAUAAAAGGGCAAUAACUCCUUCACAGUACUGUGGAUAUAAAUGCCAGAAUAUUUUAAAGACAAGUUUGCAAAUCAGCUGCACAAAAAACAUCAAAUUAUGGCUAAUGGUAUGUUUGUUUUUUCAAAUCAGAAAACCAUAGAUGUCAAAAUUACAAGUCAGAAUUUCUUGGCCAACCCGUGUUUGGAUUCAGUUUGGCUGAGAUGCAGUGAAAGUUGCAGUAAUGCGCUAUUUACAUGCAGCUUAUAAAACCGAGGCGUACAUAGUGCUAUAUAAUGUUUUUUGUAUCUUCUAUUUUUUUAAACGCAUGAAAUGGAGAGAAAUUUGUUGUUAUUGACAUGCAUUGCUAGCAGAAGUUACCACAACUGCAAUUUGCACAUCACAAUGAUCUUGUGACUCCCAACUAGAACAGGGUCAACUCACCUGUGACAUUAUUCCUGGGUCUGUGUUCUGACUUCUGAGGCAAUUUGGUGCAGAAUAACAUCCUCUGUUGUCCAAUUGUUGUAACCAUUCUGAUGGGCCACCUAGUGGAGUCCUCCGGGUAACAAGCAUAAUAAACGGGCAGAAAUUACACCUAAAUUCCAGCCAGUUGAUAAUGUAAAAGUACAGUUAAAGAAUUUUUUUUUUUUGUUAUUUAGUGUGUCUACAUUUUUAGGAAACCUAAAAAAAGUUAAGACUUGUUUGCAUAUUUUUUAAAUGAGAAGUAAAAUUUCCAAAUGAUUGCAAUGUUUUCACUUUUUAACUACAUAUUGUUUAUAAUCAUUAACAGUUUAAAAAGCAGACUAUACAAAUUCUCGUUUUUAUUAACUAUUUUGAAACAAACUAAUUUUCUGCCUUAUUUAUUUCCGACCCCAUAAGCUUGAGAAUUGUUUAAUCCACGCUGAAUCAAUGUUUCAUAACCAUUUAACUUAGUUAAACACCCAUUUGAUAAAGAACUAAAGGGAAAUAAAGGGUAUCCAAACGUUACGCAAAUGAGUGAAUAUCUUAAUUUUAUUUGUUUUGAAAAGACUUAUCAAACAUUUUCAACAUUUUUAUCUUCUUUUUCUGUAACAUGAGAGCUAAACACACUGAAUAAGAUAAUGCAUUAUUUAAAUGUUUGUAGAAAACCUCUGAGAAAUUGUAAUACAAAUGAAAUAUUUCUUAUAGUAGGAAAUUAAUUAGGAAAAUUUUGUUUAAAACUCUUUAGAUUAUUCCAUUAGAAAAAAAGUAUUUUCUUGAAAGUUUUUAAGGCCUUUUCCAAAAAUAAUUAGUUUAGCAGAACUUACAUUUAACAAAGUUUUUGUUUUACAUACACAAAUCAGCCAUAUGAUUAAGAUGGGUGAAGACCAUAACACUGCAUGAUGUCUUGGUGCAGUGCAAUAUUCUAGUAGAAUAACUUCAUCCAGAUACUAGGAGAUUUGCUUAAUAUCACUAUACAAUAAUUAUAAUAUUCUGAUGUUCAAAGUCAAGAAAUAUAUUUUAAAAAAACACUUGAAAAAGAUAAAGCUUGCAAAUCAGCAAUUUGCACAUCACACUGGUCUUGAGACUUCUAACUAGGACAGGGUCAACUUGCACUUCAUUCACAGAUCAGUGUUCCGACUUCUGAGGCAAACUGAUGCAGGAUCAAAUCCCCUGCAAAGCUAAGAACGCAGCUGGAAGUUGCUAAUGAGUGAUGGCGUUACAUAAGAAACACCAAACACAGGCAUAUGUGCAUAACACAAUUACUAGCCAAUACCAAAGUAGUAAUAGCUAAGUCUCAUAGGAAAGUUUCAUUUGGCAGUUUGUCCAGUAAGGAAGAGGAAGCCAGGGAGGGAAUACUAGCAGCAGUUUGGAGACUUAACAAACCAGCACCCUUCAAAGCUCUGUUUGCUUGUAAUUCCAACACAGUAGUAAAAAAAAAAAAAACUGCUUGUGACAAAAUUUGUUUUCAGAAAUUACAAUCCUAGCAUUAUGUGGGUAGAAUUAAUUUUUGCUCUGGUUCUGCUCAGCAUUGUAGCGGACAGUCAGUCUGUUCUGACCAGCAAGGGGAUGAACUAGCACAAUCAACUGUGUCACCAGAGCACUUUAAAUUAGCAAGCCAAGCGGUGUUUCUGUAAAACAUAGCAGCAGUGAAUGGAAGCAGCUGAAAGUCUCAGUUUUCUACUUAUCACUCAGUGAUAAGUAGGUUUAACUGCACUAAAGUAGUGCUGCUGUCAAAUAUCAUUUCAGUGACAGGCCCCUUAAAGUCGGUACAGUUGGUUUUCUUUAAACCCGUUGUUUGGCCCUAGGUCAGGUUAAGCUAAUGCUGUAAGCUUAGUUGUUUGGCUUGGACACAUUUGGAUUAGACAUAGAAAAAGAUUGUUGCUACGGUCAGUAAAACCCUGCAGAAAGAGCAGUUAUUGAUUAAAUUUUACAGGAUCAGCUGAUGUCAGAGGCCAAAUAACAAAGAGAAACUGCUGUAAAACAACAAAUUUUCCCUCCUGAGAUUUUUUUUUUGCUCACGGAUAACACCACUGGUCGCCACAGUUAUCUGGUUGCAUACUCCAUUAGAGAAAUUUGUAGCAGCCAUGAACUGCAUGAACUGUGCUGUGUAUUUGUCCCUCAGCAUCCAAUUGUUUCUUAAUCCUGGUGUGUUUUGAACAGAGAGACUGUGUUUAGUUGGUGAGGAGAAAAUCACCCCCUUUCUUAGAUUAUUUUACAAACUUCACCUGAUUUUUCAAUACAACAGAUAUUUUGGAUAAAGCUCUGCUUUCACGUAUAGCACGUCAUCACUGGUUUACAAAGUCAUGUCUCUGAAAGCUGAUUUGUGUGAAAAAAAAACUGUUAGAUUUUCUGGUUCUAAACAUGAUGAUAAAUGCCCUUUAAGCAUAACAUAUCAUUAAACCUCAUAAGUGAAGAAUAUUCUUAAUACAAAUACAACAAUGCACUGCUGAAAAAAUAGCUUCAAAGCUUUUACCUUUGUAGCCCUUUGUUCCUCUUUAAAACUUUGAAGUACAGAGAUAAUUUGAUGAUUUUACCACCCCAUAACAACUAGGUUUUGUUCGCAUUUAUGGCUACUCUGGUUAGCAGUUCUACCUUCUCUAUACUUUCUGUUUUUUUAUUUUUUUGGAUUUAGUCAUCUGAGUCCUACAUGAUGGCAUUAAUAACUAGUUUUUUCUUUGUUCUGCCACAACUUUGCCAAAACAAAGAAAAACAACAGUCUACAAUGAGAGGCAAACAAUUUCAUUUCAUCGAGUUCUUUCUUUUAAGUAUUUUUUAAAUAUGGAAAAGGGGAUUGCUGCAACCAGACUUACUUGUGCAAACCAAAGAAAUACUUUUGAGCUUUGCAGCUUUUGUUGAUUUGCACAAAAUGAGCCCUAAACGAAGCAUGUUUUUUUGGGGGGGGGGGUGACAUUGUUAUAUAGAAUUUGGUGACAAUUUUAGGAUAUGCAUACAUUGUAUACACAUUUUGUUUUUAUAUGUAAACAGAAAUUAAAGUGAAACAAAACCGUCUGACGGACCAAUGCUUAAAGUGUUUGUACCUUUGAUUAAUUUAUUCUUUCUCUCUCGUGUCGGUGGACUUUGGUAGGACUACAGUUUAACUCACCAACUCUCCACAGAAUGAAGCCAUCAUAAACCAAAAAACUCUCUUUUUUUCUUGGGUUUGUGGCUUCUGCUAGGUCUCACGUGUAUGUCUCUACUGCUCUCUACUGUUUUAUGGUUUUCCACAUUUGUCACAAGCAAAACCAAAAUGAUUUUUUCCACCAUCUGUAAAAUAAGAUUAGGCUGGUACAGUUUUAUCUGUUAAUGCUAAGGCAAAUGCUUCACAUGCUCAGUUCUUUAUAUUUUCUGUCUCCAGUAUCUUGCACUUAACUCAUGUAGCAAUACCUACAGGAUGGGGAACGUGUGUGAUUCACCAGUAUUUAAGGAAAAUAUAACAUUUUAUUUCUUGUUAUUGUUUGACUUUGUAUAAAAAUAUAUACUGUACAUAUUCAAAAGUAUAUUACGACAAAGAAAAAAAAACUUUUAGAAAUAAUAUUUAUUUUUACUGUUUUGUAAUUUAGACACAAUACUGUAGCUCCUCUAUUGCCAGACUUACUGGAAGUGCCUCUCAAUAAUGUAUUACAAAGUAACUAUACAAUAUAUUGGGAUUAUUAGAACCUGUCACUAGCAAGGCAUUGUUGAUGUUGUUUUGUGACUAUUGUUAAAUAAUAAGAUUUAUAAAUGCUG